UCCCUCCCACUCUCAAAUAGGAGUAGUGCGGUUAAGGACAGGACAAGGAACUCAACAUUUAACAGCUACUUAAGCACGGAUAAACUAAUGUACAGGAACGGAAUCAAAUAAAAUGUCGACAAACUUAUUAAGCUGCCUUUUGACAAGCAUCAUUGUAUGCUCAGACUUCGUGCUUGGAACUGUGCCGGAACCAAAACAUGUAACAGUUUCUUCAGUGAACUUGGGUGCCGUCCUUCAGUGGGAUCCUGUCACCGCUGAAGACAAUAUCACCUACACAGCUGAGUUUGCAAGAGCAUUCAAUGAAAAACAUUACAUCGAAGUGUGUCAAAAUAUCAGAGAAACAAAAUGUGAUUUCACUGGAAACAUCUCUGCUUUUGGCAUAUUCCACUUUCGUGUGAAGUCUGCUCGGCAGGGCAAUGCAUCCCAGUGGGUUUAUGUGAAGGGUUUUGCAGCAGACCAAUACACACGCAUCGGGCCUCCCUCGGACGUGAAGGUAAAAUCCAGAUCUGGCUAUCUGGAUAUCAACAUUUCAGAUCCGCCAAUGAAAAUAAAAAACAAGACUUUACGUGACAUUUUUGUUCACGUUUCAUAUUUGGUUACUUACUGGAAAAACACACCAAGAGAAGAGGUCAAGACCAUUAGAAGUGAGCAAACAUUCUUAGUCCUGGGAGACCUGGAACCCUGGAGUACAUACUGUGUUCAGGUUCAGAUAUCUGUUAAUUCCAACAGGACUGGGGAACCCAGUAGGCCAGUCUGUGAGAGAACCACCAGCGAGGGUAAGACUUCUGGGUGGAUGAUUGCUGUCAUCCUGAUUUGCAGUUUGGUUGCAGUUACCACUGUCAUACUUUGCCUCUUCUUUGCUGGAUUCUAUACUUAUAAAACCGUGCACUUUUUAUUUCCCUCCUGCAACCUCCCGGAGCACUACAAAGAGCUGCUGACAGCAACUCCCAAUUCCUAUGCAUUCUUGGACAUACAAAAUAACAAAGAGCUGGAUGAGAUCUGUGAUGAGAUCAGCAUUGUAUUUGAGCAGCCAGCAUCUCCCGUUGAGGCCAUAAAGACAGAGCAGGAGAGCAAGGAAACCCUGGAAGAACAUCCACUAGUGGAGGGGAAAGACAACACGGAAUUGAGAAAGGACAUACCACACUAUGGGAAUUUGAAUUAGCUUUUUUGUCUGGAUUAACAAUGCUCUAUCCUGAUAUUUACACCUUGAGUUGGUUAUCAUCAUGUUUUUAGUGGUCCUUUCCAUGGAUAUAUGUACCAGAGACCUGUCUACCAUUCAACCAUAUUGGCAAGUGAUUCUUUACUCCAGUGUAGCGGGACCGGACUGCUAUAGCUUGCUUUGUCUGAUAGGGUAUUAUUUUCUACCAUAGAUUUUCAAAUCCGGCUGCAAGUGCUGCAUGACACGGCUUUUUACAGACAUGGAAACUUUCAUUUGGCAGUCCUGCUGCCAGCACCAUACCACCUUCCCUGUCUCAAUGUCCCGUAUCAGUUAUGACCACACAGCCAACUUGUAUCCUUGCUGCACAGUUUUCUCGGUGGUGGUUUAACUCAAUUUAAUAUUGUUUAACAAUCUUUCAGCUGAUAGUGUAAUGCUGCCAAACCCUCAUGACUGAGGUGAUUCUACCAUUUGUUAUUUAGGUACAUCCUGUGGAAUCUUACCACUUUUUUUUUUAAGGAAAAAGAGGAACUUGAUACAGCAGCAUUUUACCUCAUAAAAUGAAUAUUCUGCAACAUGGAAGCAGGCACAAGUCUCAGAGCUUGCGAAGAGCUUCAUUAAUUUAUUUAUUUUUUUAAUGUUUAUACAGGUUUCUUCAUAUUCUCAAGCAGUUGUUGAGGCAGAAUGGUGAAUUACUCAGAGUUUGCUUAAGGCUCUAUUCAGAGCAGUGUGAUUUGUAACAUCAAAAAUAAAGCCGAAAAGUCCC